UCACAUUUAUUAGACAAAUAAUCAAAGCCAAAGUCAACUGGUUGUAAUAACUGUCCAAUUUUGAUGCCUCAGUCUUCAUUUUUUUAUCAAAGAUAUGGUGAAAUGGUGAUCUAAAAUUCACGAAUUGAAGAUAUAGUCAAAGGGUUUAGAGAGAGAGAGAGAGAGAGAGAGAGAAGGAAAGAAAUUGAUGGAAAGCAUUUUUAUUUUUUUUCCCCUCUCUUUUUCACUGGUUGCAACUUGCAAAGUGGAAAGAAGUAAACUUUCUUCUGGAGCUAAGUGAGAGAGAGAGAGAGAGAGGGUUUGUUUAAAUGGCUGAAAUAAAAUAAUCUUUCGAAAUGGGACAGAAAGAGAGAGAAAGAGAACGUGCAGAGAAGCCAAUAGUUGGAUAAAGAUAGUGAAAGAGUAGUUGAAAAGGGUGGGUGGAAUGUUCAUUGUUCAAUGCCCAGCAUCUUUUUCCAUUUCUCCAAGUCAAUCCAAACAACUAUUGAUUAUUUGCUCUCCCAUGGGAUAGACGUAGAGGAAUCCAUGUCAUAGAAGAAUAUCUGUGUUUCUCUCUUUCUUGGUCUCUCAUGGAGGGCGCUCUUGCCAUUGCCGUUGUCUCCUGUAACUUGCUGCUGCUUUUGGGUCUUUCCCAUUCGCUUCCUUUGUGCACUAAUUCAUGGGCACCUUCUAGACUGAAUACCUCAUUGACGUUUUGUCCUUAUAAUGAGACCUCAUGCUGCAAUUCCACAGAAGAUUUACAAUUGCAGAAGCAAUUCCAAGCAAUGAAUAUUUCUGAUCUUCCCUGUGCUUCUGUUUUAAAAUCAAUACUUUGCGCGAGGUGUGAUCCAUAUUCAGCUGAGCUGUACACAGUUGAUUCAUCGACCCGUCCAGUUCCUGUACUCUGCAACUCCAGUGUUGCUCUUAACUCUUCCCAAUCUAGCCAACAAGUUAAUAAUUUUUGCUCAAACGUAUGGGACACAUGUCAAAAUGUAUCCAUAGUGAAUUCUCCUUUUGCUCCACCAUUGCAAGUUCAAGGAGCAUUACCAGUCAAUUCCAAUGUUAGCAAAUUGACGGACACAUGGCAAUCAAAAACCGAUUUCUGCAAUGCAUUUGGUGGCGCAUCUUCUGCUGGAUCAGUAUGUUUCGCUGGUGAACCUGUCACUGUAAAUAACUCUGAAGUACCUAGCCCCCCACAUGGCUUGUGCCUUGAGAAAAUCGGGAAUGGAUCUUACCUCAGUAUGUAUGCUCAUCCUGAUGGAUCUAACCGUGCAUUCUUCUCUAACCAAGAAGGUAAGAUUUGGUUGGCAACCAUUCCUGAAGAGGGUUCAGGAGGAACGUUGGGACUUGAUGAAUCUAAUCCUUUCAUAGACCUAACCGAUGAAGUUCAUUAUGAUACUCUAUUUGGGAUGAUGAGUAUUGCAUUUCAUCCGAAGUUUGCACAAAAUGGUAGAUUCUUUGCCUCAUUCAAUUGUGAUAAGGUUAAGUGGCCAGAGUGUACAGGGAGAUGUGCAUGUAAUUCAGAUGUCAAAUGUGAUCCUUCAAAGCUAGGUACUGAUAAUGGUGCCCAACCAUGCCAGUUUCAUACUGUUGUAGUAGAGUAUACAGCAAAUGGUACCGCAGCCCAGCCUUCCUUGGCAACGAGUGCCAAACCGUCAGAAGUGAGAAGAAUAUUUACUAUGGGCCUUCCAUUUACAUCUCAACAUGGAGGGCAAAUACUCUUUGGACCCGAUGAUGGGUAUUUAUACUUCAUGAUGGGAGAUGGUGGUGGUGGUGGUGAUCCUUACAAUUUCUCACAAAACAAGAAGUCGUUGCUUGGAAAGAUUAUGAGGCUUAAUGUUGAUAACAUACCAAGUGCAGCAGACAUAAAUAAACUUGGUCUAUGGGGAAACUACUCUAUCCCCAAGGAUAAUCCAUUCAGCGAAGAUACAGAUUUGCAGCCAGAGAUAUGGGCUUUAGGAUUAAGAAAUCCUUGGCGCUGUAGUUUUGAUUCAGAAAGACCUUCCUACUUCACGUGUGGAGAUACCGGCGAGGAUUUAUAUGAAGAAAUUGAUGUUAUUACAAAGGGUGGGAACUAUGGUUGGCGUGUCUAUGAGGGUCCCUAUCCUUUCAAUCCUACACAGACACCAGGUGGAAACACCUCUGUUAACUCCAUAAGCCCGAUUUUCCCAGUAUUGGGAUACAAUCAUUCCGAAGUGAACAAAAAUGAAGGGUCAGCAUCAAUAACUGGGGGUUAUUUCUAUCGGUCUAAGACUGAUCCAUGCAUGUAUGGAAGGUACUUGUAUGGAGAUUUGUAUGCAGGUGCCAUAUGGGCAGCCAUCGAAAACCCAGGAAACAGCGGGAGCUUUAACGCAAGCAAAAUUCCUUUCGGUUGUGCACAUGACACACCUAUUCAAUGCAACUCUGUUCCCCAAAGUACUCUCCCAGCUCUGGGAUACCUUUACUCAUUUGGGGAGGACAACUCUAAGGAUAUAUUCAUUCUAGCUAGCAAAGGUGUUUACAGAGUUGUUCGUCCAAGCCGUUGCAACUACACUUGCUCAAAGGAAAAUGUUACUAGUGUUGCAAGCCCAGGUCCUGCAGCUACACCUCGUUCCUAUGCAAGCCGGUUGAGUAAUCCAUAUAACAAUCUUGUGCUCUUAGUUACUUCUCUUUCGCAGUUCUUGCUGCUUUUUGUCUAAUACAUUGCAGCAGUGCCAAAUGCUAUAUUCAGAUAGAAGAGCUAUUCCGUCUCAGAGGCAUGUGGAUGAGAUUAUGUACUUUAGAAACUUCCCUUUUUCCUUUUUUUUUUUUUCUUUUUUUUUUCUUUUUUUUAACUGAAAGAAGUUCAUCACGUUGCUUCUUGUAACCAUAGUUUGGCUGUUGUGUAUUCUGAAUUUGAUUGCAGAUUGGGCCUCCAUUAUUGUAAAAUUUCAGAACUGCAGACAAUGUAGAACAAAUUUUUGCUUGUGUUUUU